AUGUCCUCAACCCUGAUGAAUUAUCUUGCUGGGAUAUCAUCUCAGACUUGUGGACAGAUCUCUUUAACAAACAGACCAGGGGACAGGAGAAGGAUGAUGGGUGUGCUCAUUCUAACGGUCUGUCUGCUGGGAACAGCUUUGACUAGUUCAGUCCCUCAGUAUGAUGUCACGGAUGAGCUACCCCCACAGAGAGAGAUGUCUGAACAGGUCGUUCAGUAUGGUACCUUGGACCAGUUUCCCCUACAGAGAGAGAUUGUUCCUCAGGUGUCUCAGACGGACAUUCUGGAUCAGAUGAUCCCUCCACAACUCAACCCUCAGGUCCCUGUACUACCACAGUUGCCAGGGAACCAGGUAGACCACACCCCCCCCUGGAACUCCUCCUCCUCACCUCUACAGGUCUCUGACCUACCACAGUUGCCAGGGAACCAGACCACGAGUUCCUCUGAGUCCCAGAGCUCUGACCAGAGCCACUCAUCAGAGAGCUCUCCAGAGGACACAUCAGAAGACACGACCUCAGAGGACAGUCAGAGUCUCAGCAGUAGCAACAGUAGCAGUGACUCCCGUAGCAGUAGCAGUGACUCCCGUAGCAGCAGCAGUAGCAGUGACUCCCGUAGCAGCAGUAGUAUGCCUCAGGACAGGACUGGUGUUAACCUGGACGGAGACACACAGGAUGACAGCCAUGGUAGUGAGGAGAAUCAACGCAGAAAUUGGCUGGCUGCCUUCACCCAUUACCAGAGGAGGAGUCGCUUGACUGUGAUGGGUGGAGCGACAAGCGGGGUGGGGGCUGCUGGUGGGGAUCGACAGUAA